CGUAAGAUUUAAGGAGGAAGUUACAUAUUUUUACCUUAAGUUUGAACGCCAGCACGGCUUCCUUCGACUCUGACUCUGAUGUAGGUGACCUGCAGGUGUAAGUCCACAGUUUGCACGCUUUUAUUUUGAAGCAACACGCAGGGGGUGGGGUGGGUGGUGGUGGUGGGAGGCCGAGCACAAGAUGAGAUUCUCGGCGUGCGUUUCUGUGCUGCGGUCGGUCGGCCCGGUGGUGAUCGGGAUCUCUUUAGGCUUCACGCUGAGUUUAUUGAGCGUGAACUGGACGGAGGAAGCGUGCUACCUGGACGGCAAGGAGGCUGAGGAUGUCACCUCAGGUCAGGACGGGCUGCUCAAAGGAGCCAGAAAGCCCAACUCUAUUUCUACAGGCAAUGAGGUGGAGUCCGAGGAGGAUUUGGAGCCCAGAAUAGUCCCAUAUAAACAAGUCCAACAGGGUCCAACAAAGAAAGUGUUCAGGGCUAAAUACAUAAGCACAGAGUUGGGGAUGCGGGAGCGUCUGUUCGUCGGGGUCCUGACGUCCAAAAACACCAUAAACACUCUGGGCGUAGCUGUCAAUCGCACCAUCAGCCAUCACCUGGACUCUGUGAUAUUCUUCACCGGCAUGCGCAACCGCAAAGUCCCUCACGGCAUGUUUGUCGUCUCUCACGGCGACGAAAGGCUGAUAUGGAACAUGUUUCAGAACAUCAAAUACAUUCUAGACCAUUACAUCAACGAAUACGACUGGUUUUACUUCGUCCAAGACGACGCCUACACCGAAGCGGACAGGAUCAAAGGCCUGGUGGAUCACCUGAGUAUGGAUCGAGAGCUGUACAUGGGCAGUCCCGAGGAGUUCAUAGGUGGAGAAAUGGAAGGGAAGUACUGCUACGGAGGGUUCGGGUACAUCCUGUCUCGAACCUUGCUCCUCCGGCUCCAGCCCUACCUGGAAAACUGCAGGAACGACAUCCUGAGCGCAAGGCCCGACGAGUGGCUCGGACGAUGCAUCAUUGAUUACACGAGCACUAACUGCGUCAGUGAAUUUCAGGGACUUCAGUACCACCAUUAUGAGUUGGGAAAAAACUCUGAUCCAAGUAAAGAACAAAGUGAACAGUUCAAGAAAGCUCUGACUGUCCAUCCAGUGUCCGACCCUGAACAGAUGUACAGGCUGCACAGACACUUCACUGAGAUGGAACUCCAGAAGACUUACGAUGAGAUUGCUAAGCUGCAGGCAGAAAUAAAAAACGUGAGCGUGGUUGCUUUUGACGGCAACCGAAGCUCCCAGUGGCCCGUCGGGAUCAAUCCACCUUUUGAACCGAAGUCCCGUUUUGAAGUCCUGAAGUGGGAACACUUUACAGAAGAGGAGAUUUACUCGUGCAUCGAUGGCUCUCCAAAGUGUGAACUGCAGGGUAUUGAUCGCAUGGAUGUGGCUGAUGUCAUUGAGGUAGCCAUGGUCGAGCUGAACAAGAAGUACAAGCCAAUCCUUCACCUGAAGAAGCAGCAGCUGAUUAACGGGUACAGGCGCUUCGACCCCGUCAGAGGAAUGGAGUACACCUUGGAUCUUCAGCUGGAGGUCGUGAACCAAAAAGGUCACAGCCGUUCCAUUACCAAGCGAGUUCAUCUGGUGCGACCUUUGAGUCGGAUUGAGAUCAUCCCCAUGCCCUAUGUCACUGAGGCUACAAGGAUUCACAUCAUUAUGCCUCUUACUUCUCAGGACCGAAGCUCUGUCGACCAUUUCCUGGAAAUGUUUGCCUCAAAUGCUUUUGAGACCAGUGAAAAUGCAAUCCUAACGUUCUUGUUUAUUUAUGACCCAGUGGAGGCGCAGCAAGUUAACCAGAAUGAUAUAUUCGCCGGUGUGAAGGCACAGAUAAACACCUAUGAACGCAAAUACCCAACCGUAAAAAUCCCCUGGAUUAGUGUCAAGACGGAAACGCCAUCCCAGAUCAAGUUCAUGGACAUCAUCUCCAAGAAGCACCCAGUUGACUCGCUGUUCUUCUUGGCCAAUGUCAACACGAAUGUCAAUUCAGAAUUUCUGAACCGCUGCCGCAUGAACUCCAUAAACAACUGGCAGGUGUUCUUCCCCAUUCACUUCCAGGACUUUAACCCCGACGUGGCCUACCACAACCAGCAGCAUCCAGCCACGGUGGAUCUGAUCAAGGACGCGGGCCAUUUCGACCGCAGGGCAUUCGAAGAAGCGUGCUUUUACAACUCUGACUACAUGGCGACACGCACGCGAAUGGUGGCGGACAUCCAAGAGAACGAGGAGAUCCUGGAGACCCUGGACAUCUUCGACAUGUUCUUGAAGUACUCGGGUCUGCACGUAUUCAGGGCGGUGGAGCCGGCGUUGCACCAGCAGUACAGCUACCAAGCCUGCAACCCGCGACUGAGUGAAGACAUCUACCACAGAUGCGUGCAGAGCAACUUGGAAGGUCUGGGUUCUCGCUCCCAGCUCGCCAUGCUGCUGUUUGAGCAAGAACAAGGCAACAGCACUUAAACACCAGUGGACUCCGGCUCUCCUGCUCCGUCUUUCAAUGGAUGAAUAUUGUCUUGAUGCACGCUAGAAUUUGGGACAACCCAUUUCUGGAGGCUGAAGGAUCAUCGAAGAUCGUUCGGUUUGUUAAAAGUUUUUAGUUAGUUUGGAAAAAUGAAUGCAGUACAUUCCCAAUGAAACCUUCCCUUAAAUGUUUACAAUACUUCUAUGUACAGAUGAGUUGCUUGAACCAAAUGUUUCCGCUGCUCUGACGAAUUUUGAAAGCUGCGUUAAGUUACUUUUGACCACUGGAUGUCAGAAACUCACAGCAGCAGAGCCUUGACUUAGUGCUGGCUUAUCCAGUCAAUGUUUAAGAUGUCAACUACACAUCCAGAGGACACACGGCUACGUAGAAUCAGAGUUACUAGCAGCAAAGCUUUCACAUAUAUUUUUUCAAGUCAAUAGAAUUAAUGUUAAUAUCAAAGAUAUUGUUUAAUUAAUGUAUAGCUAUGAAUGUAUAGCAUAUAUAUGGAUAUACAUUAGUAUAUUGCACCAAAUGUUGUGUGCUCCUUCACAUUGAAACAUUGAGCUUUUGAGUAUUUACAAAAGCUCAUCUUUUUGUGCCUUGUCACUGACUUUUCAUAUGCUGACUGUUUUGAAAUGAUCUUUUAUGUUACACAGUUUUGCAGUUUACACCUUCAGGUAAUGCACAGCUGACGUUUUUGCAUUAGAACUUAAAGCAUUAAUAAUAUUUCUGAAUGGGUGGGAGAUGGUAUCUUUCACUGUGGAUAAAGUAAUGCUACAUAGUUAGGAGAACUGAAUGGGUAGUUAACUUUACAUUUUUUUAAAGGGGUCAGUCAAGAUCCCAACCAUCCACAGGUUGUAUACGUGCCUCGAAGCAGGGAGGAAGUUGGUAGAGAUUAUCUUCUGCUGGUCUUCAGAGGUCAUAGAUGAAGACUAGUGUAUUCCAGAAGUCUGCACAUGACUUAAAGUUUUGUCCUUUAAAACCUUUUGAUGUUGCACGAACAUUUACAUGCAGGAGGCAAAGGAGAAUUAUGAAUAAUGGGGUAAGUGUCUGAAGUGAUGCCCAGGUGAAUCCUUAUAAAACAGGAUUUAAUAAGUUUAGAAAUGAUUGAAAUUAAGAAUGUAUGAAACAUCAAGUAUAGCAGACAUUUUUUUUAUAUAUACUCUGAAAGAAGGUGUGGAAAUGUUCCAAAGUAUUUUUGGACUGUAUUGUCAAAGUUUUUGUAAGUUAUUGAAUGAUGCGCUCAGUUUUAGAAAUGGUUGCUUUACCCAGUCGCAGUGCAGUCCAAUGGGAGGCCUUUUCUACUUUACUGAGUGGUGGUUGUGGAGGUAGUUGUACUGGACACAAGAAAGUUAUUCGUAUGUUAUAAUGUGCAAUAUUACAGAUAACACAACUGGCUUGAUGUCCAAUGGAGGGUGGGACUUUUAAUUUCAAAUGAAUUUGCUGUAAGUAGAGCAGUGCGAGUCCAUGACAUUACAUAACGUUAGACUGCUUUCCUUUCAAUGUUAAGUAAAUACACUGUAACUUUUUGACAAGACCUUUAAUGUAUUUUACUGACACCAGACACUUGUCAUCAUCAAAUUUACUUUGAAAUACAUAAAAUGAAGGCAUGUCAUUUUUAUUUAACGUUAAUUGGACGCAAACGUAUUUAUUGGAAACACUACAUCCAGAGUGGUGCUCCUCGACACUGUUUGCUGUGUUUUCUGCCAUGUGAACAAAGACCACAGAGGUCAAUCUUUAUAACGCAUCUCUUUCUUGACGAGAGCAGAAGAGUACGACACUAAUAAUGUGCGCGUUUGGAAACCGAAUCUUCCAAAAAAACCACUGUGAAAGAUGGAGGGCUUAGAUUACAGUAUGAAGUUAUCGUGGUGAUCUGCGUCGUCUCUGCCUUCUCUAGACGUGAGAAGCUUAAAAUUAAGCGAGCGUGGCAGAUUAAUCACCCAGUGUUGUUAGCACAGCCACCGUCGCUGGGUGAAGUCUCUUAAGUAUUUUGUUCAUAACUUAUUUAUCUGUCAUUUCACUAUGAAUUAUGCAGAUUCUGAAUACUUCCGCACUAACGGAGACUUUCAUGACGCUCUCUGCGCAUGUAUAAAUAUUUUAUAGAUUCUAUUUUUAAGCCUUUUGUAGCUUUAUGUACACAGCGAUUGAUACUUUACUAUUUUUGGUGACACAAAACAUAAACUGUAUCCUACUUUGUAUUUUGUGCUUUGAAAAUGACGUCAUUUGACCACGAAGACGAUUUAAAAAAUAUGUUUUUGUUACUCUCACUUUCAAUCAAGUAAAUCAUUUAAAAAAGCAGGCAAAUACAUAGGCUCAUUUUUAAUUUCUAUUGAUGUUUGAAUCGGUUAACAUUGUUUUAUGCAUAUGGGUACUAGUAUAACCAAAGCAAUACGUUUUAAAUAAUACUCAUCACAUUAAAUUGUGUGCUGUAAUUUCUAAUGAACUGUGAACUAUUGUAAUU